GUGACGGAACUAGGCGUGGAACUGGAAAGUGCAAAUGCGACCCCGGUUAUUCUGGAAAUAUGUGUAGACAAUGCGCUCUCGAUUUUUACGAAAAAUCCAGGACAAACAAGUCUGUGGAAUGAACCGAAUGAGAGAUGCACAAAUACACCUGGUUCUUUCGAAUGUUCAUGUUUAGAUGGAUACAAGAGAGAUGGAUCAGAAUGUGUGCUGGAUAUAGAAGCUCAAAAGGAGGCUGAAGCUGAAGAAGAUGACGAGGACGAGGAUGCUGAUGAACACCGAGAUACUCUGAAAAGUGAUGAAGACCAAGAUUCUCUGAAAAGUGAUGAAAACGGAUAUCCUCUGAAAAGUGAACUGUGA